AUGAGCGUAACCGAAGAGCCAAGUACAAAACAACAGAAACUGAAUACUUCCUUGAGAGUUCAGCUUCGUUCUAAGGACGCAACUGCACCAACCAAAGGAUCCAUUUUCGCAGCGGGUUACGAUAUAUACGCCUCCAAGGAAACCACCAUCCCUAGCAGAGGCCAAGGUAUGGUCUCUACAGACGUGUCUUUCACAGUUCCUGAGGGCACGUACGGUAGAAUUGCUCCCAGAUCUGGAUUGGCCGUUAAACAUGGGAUCAACACAGGAGCCGGUGUAGUUGAUCGUGACUACACCGGUGAAGUGAAAGUUGUGCUUUUCAACCAUUCGGACAAGGACUUUUCCGUCCAAAAGGGCGAUCGUGUUGCGCAAUUGAUUUUGGAGCGCAUUGUGGACGACGCCGAGGUGGUUGUUGUCGAAUCUCUCGAGGAAAGCACCAGAGGCGCCGGUGGCUUCGGUAGCACCGGUAACUAA